AUGAAGUACGUCUUGGUGACUGGAGGAGUGGUGAGUGGGCUUGGCAAAGGCGUUACCGCCAGUAGCAUCGGCGUCGUGCUAAAGGCUUGUAGCCUUCGAGUUACCUCCAUUAAAAUUGGUAACGAUCUCUUCUCUCUGGAGUUUGGAAUUUCUCAUUUCAUAUAUCAGCAAAAAAGGAAAUCCUUUUGA